GCGUCUUGAGGUCUUGGCCGAAGAGGUAACCACUGCAGCCAGUCUGUCGGAAGAAUGGGGCUCCGGAUGGCGGGGCACCAAUUUCCUAGUGGAGGUCGAACAAACCGCCCCCAUCUCACCGCCCUCCUCGUCUUCGGCGUCCUCGAAUGGCAGCGAGGAUUAUAUCGGGGAGCUGGGGAGCCAGGAGGUCGACGAGGGACUCACAACAGGUGCCACAACGGGUGCCUCCAAUGCCACCGUCGUGGAGACAGGACCCAAGAUCAUUGUGCGCACCGAGGAGGUGCUGAUUGUGGGCUUGGUCCUCGUACUCUGGGUGGGCGCCAUUAUGCUCUUCUUCAAUCGCUGGGGCAAGAUCCGGAUGCUGGAGCCGUAUCAGCCCAAGUUCCAGCAGCAGCACCGCAGCUCCUGUCCGCUGGUCGACUUGGAUGCGGUCACCACGCAUCAGCGCUCCUCCGUGUCGCGAAUGUCGAUGGGCAUGGUGCACAAUCUCAAUAUGCCGACGUGUCAAUUUGCGGCCUAUAAUCCCAACAUUUAUGCCAAGGGCUACGCCUCGCAUGUUUCGGCGUCGCGUCCCCGCCAGAACUCGGUGUUUGUGGGGGCCAGUACUAGUCACUAUCUGAUGCCGAGGCCUCCGAGGAAGACUCGUUCGGCGAUGGACCUGCACUCCAUGGUUCUCGAUGAGAGUGCCGAGCAGGUGUAGGUUUCCCAGGGGAAGGAAUCUCAAGGAUCCAAGUCUGGAUCUAAGUCUAAGUUAUUGGGGUGUGAGUGCGAGUGCUUUCUCCACCUUUCUUCUGGUGUUUGCGAAUGAAAUCUGCUAGGAAUGUCAGAUGGAUCUCAGAAAAACAGAUAAACUAUUUGAGAUACCAGAAGAAAUGGGAUAGAGUGCUCAGUUUUUUUUGUAUUCGGGUGCCUGCAAUUAAGGGAGCAAGGAAGAAAGGUAGCACUGUCCAAUAUUUGCAACUUGAUAUAUAUAUAUAUGUAUGUUAUACGAGGUGUGUUCAAAAAGUAAGGUGACUUUUCAA